AUUGAGUCCUGUUUCCCAAGUUUGAUAACUUGUUAAGAAACCAGCAAUUUAAAAAUGCGCUCUCUCACGGGCAAUUCACCGUUUCCUCUGAUUCUCCCGGUGGAGACCUUUCUUCGCUUCAUCCAACGGCUCAGAGUUUCCUUAAGAUGCCACGCGUCAGUAGACUUUGCAGAUUGCAUUUGAUCCCACGCAACAGAGUAUGCAGGUGUGUUCUCGAAGCGAUUCCUUUGCUGAGAAUGAAGGAAGAAGGUAUUAGGUAGGUAGGUGAAUUUAAGAAGCUCACUCCUACCCUACUAAGAUACGCUUAUAGGGGGUAGAGGAUCCGCAACAGAACACAGAUGACUAAUCUGCUAAUACAAACAGAAGAACCCUCUGAGAGUCAAACCCCGCUUCUAAUUUCAAUUCAACAUCAACAACAAGCAGAGCAAAAUGGGGAUACCAAUACUAAUAGCAAUAGUAAUGAUAAUAAGGAGAACGAUGAUGGUGACGAUGACAGAGAGAAUGAUGAUGACCAUGAGGUGGAGGAGGAGAGUGAAGUGGAGGAGAGCUUGGCGCGGUUGGAGUGGUUUCUGACGCUGUUAGGGUUCAACCAGCACUCGGUGUUGACUUUGGUGGUUUCGUGGAGCGUGUUUGCGGCGGUUGGAGUGGCGGCGCCACUUGUGGCGCUGUCCAUGUGUAAGUGCGUGGAGUGCGAUAGGUAUGAGAUUCAGAGCUUUGAAAUGGUGAUCGUGGCGUUUCAGGCGACUCUCGCCGCCGUAUCCUUGAUCUGUCUCUCUCACAACCUCCGCAAGUACGGUCUCCGCAGGUUCCUCUUCGUCGACCGCUACUCCGGAAAGAUGCAUUGCUUUCACCGCGACUAUGUCGCUCAGAUUUCGGGAUCUAUGCGCUUGCUUUUUCUGUGGGUUUUGCCAUGUUUCCUUCUGAAGACCGCUCGAGAAAUCAUUCGCAUUUUCUAUGUUCAACAUGGGUCCUGGUUGCUUUCAUUCGCUAUUCUAUCAGCUUUGAUUAUAUCCUGGACUUAUAUGAGUACAAUUUCUCUGUCAGCCUGCAUUUUAUUUCACUUGGUCUGCAGUUUGCAAGUGAUCCAUUUUGAUGAUUAUGGGAAACUCUUGCAAAGGGAAAGUGAUGUUUUAGUUUUUAUGGAAGAGCACAUUCGGUUGCGUUAUCAUCUCUCCAAAAUAAGUCAUAGGUUCCGAAUCUAUCUGCUUCUGGAGUUCUUGGUUGUCACAGCUAGCCAGGUUGUGACGCUUUUGCAGGUCACUGGUUAUGGUGAGAUGCUUACAUUCAUUAAUGGUGGAGACUUUGCUGUAUCCACACUUGUUCAGGUGGUGGGCAUCAUCAUUUGUUUGCAUGCCGCAACAAGAAUUUCUCAUAGAGCUCAAGGCAUUGUUUCCCUUGCAAGCAGGUGGCAUGCAAUGCUAACAUGCACAUCUUCUGAUGCACCACAAUUGAGGAGCUCUGCUAGUGCUGGGACAUUGGAGGCUGCAAACCAUUUGAAUGCUAUACAUUUAGACUAUUCUGAAAGUGAUCUAGAGUCAAUGGAUUAUGCUGGAAUGUUUUCUAAUACCCAAUGGACUUCUUAUGUGUCUUCACAUCACAAGAGACAAGCUUUUGGAGGAUUUCAUGCUUAUUGUUUUCUUCAAAUAUGCAGUGAUGUAUUUGCAGACAAAUCCAGGAGGAAUAACAAUAUUUGGAUGGACAGUGGAUCGGUCUCUAGUCAACACGAUAUUUUUCCUUGAAUUAAGUCUGGUUACCUUUGUUCUUGGUCAGACGCUAAUCUAAGGAUAAUAUUUGCAACUGACCAAAGAAGCCUUUCGUUUUAGGUCUUUCAGGUUAUGAUUUUCAUUUUGAUUGAAAGCCCUCAACUAAUAGCCAUAAUUCUUCCUGGGGACCAAGGAUACUGAAUUUAUAUGCUGUGCCAGGAGAAAUUAUUACAUGACCUGAGAUACCAGUUUCAAAUGAUCACCAUGUAGCAAAAAACAUGGGUUUUUAAGUCUCGUAAAUUGACAAACUCGGUUACACAUCACAUAAAGAUUAGCUGGGACUAUUGACGCUUGGAGUUCUAAUAAUUACUUCUGUUUCAGAAUGUUGCAUGCACACAGCAAAGAAGCAGACCCUUGAUCAUGAGAUUUCUGGUGUCGCUGUCAAAUAUGCCCUUUGGCCUCUUCCCCAAUUCCCAGCAACGCAAAUUUCAUCUCCAAAUUCUGUUCGUGAUUCUUAUUCCUCCCUUACGCGUUUGUUUGAUCUUGUAACUGAUUAAUUAGCACAAUAGGCAAGCAAACAACUUUUCCUUAAAUUCAACAUACUUGGGCUCAUCGAAGCAGUCUUUCUCAUUGUUUUGAUUCUUAAAUAUAGGUGUGCACCAUCUCAUUUGAAAUGGAAGGAUGAUAUUUGUAGAA